AUGCCAGAUCCCAAAACAGUCUCCCAGGAGUUCGUGAAGAUUUCCCGCCUCGAUCUCGAAUCCUCUGUUCCAGCAGAAGCAAUCAUUACUGAUGUGAAGCACCUGGCUUCUUAUAACUGGAUCGAAGCAUCCACACCCACUAUCGCUGUCCCAGGUAGUCCAGCUCAGUGGUCUCCUCCACUAGGGAACCGACGUGUGAAAAAGGAUAGCGGCCUUGUUUAUAUUGCUCAGAAUGCUGCUCGCCAUCCUGAUAGCCCUCUGGAGCCGUUAUUCCGCUCCCUUUACAUUGAGCAACCCACAUUUGACAUAAACUCAAUCGAUGUUGUGACCGACCGGAACAACAUUCGUAAACUUCUGUCAUUUAUCAAUCCUACUUUGUCCAAAGAUGGUUUAGAUUCAUUUACCAUCCAGGUAGACACAACCGCUCGAACUGCAAUAUUUUGCCGUGAUGAGACCGCCACCCAUGAAGUGAUCGGGCCAGACAAAUUUCGGGGCUUUGGACAUGAAUUCGAAAAAGCUUACACGAUCACUCAGGUUAAAAACAGCACUGGACACCACCGCAUAAUUUCGUACCGACUGGGCGGUCUCAAUCUUCUCGUACGCCAUGAGACAGACGGAUGUGUUGGUGAUUUGAAGCCCGGUGUAAAGAAUAAUGAGUCAACAGGGGACAAUCUUGCAAACGUUUUGAAAUCAUUGUGCCUCUCAUCGGAUACCACGGAUGAAAUCUCUGUUCGGUCUAAAUUGGCUAUCAAGAGGGAAGGCCGGGUAGUGCCACGGGAAUCGACCCUAGAGAUCAAAACUCGAUCCUUCCACAGACCUUUGGAACUGUCAGAAGUUGCACCUCAGCUCUGGGCUUCCCAGACACCCAAGCUUGUCCGUGCUUAUCAUCAGCGUGGAAACUUUUUGACGCCGAAAGUGGAAGAUAUCACUGCCGCGGUGAAACAAUGGGAACAAACCCACCAAGAUGAUAUCAAGAAACUCAUUGCACUUAUCAAUCACAUCCUUCGGGUGACCAGAAACUGGGGUGGGAGUUGUACCAUUCGCUACAAUCCGGUGGAAGAUAAACUGGAGAUCAAAAAGAUCGGAAGAAAGAAAAUGCUCCCAGACGAUCUCUACUCCCGAUGGACGAAAACCAUUCACGACGCUAUGGCACAGAAGAACUCCAAGCACAGCCCGAAUUUUGCUCAAAAAAAGGUCUGA